GGAGGCAAUGCGUGUGCGGGAUGUGUGUUGGUGUGUUGGUUGGUUUGCGAGCACGUGUAAGCCUGUGUGUUUUCUUUGGCCAGUUUUAUUUCACCAAGGAUGGUCCACCUGAUGUGCCGGGAGACAUCAUCAUGAGAACAGGUUUGCUUUUGGGUUGAUCCUUCCUGAUUCCAUCCUGGCAAAGCUGGGACGAAAUGGUGACAAACGCCCCCAAAAAGCCAUUAGUAAAAUCUCCUACGAUACCGACACACACCUUUUCCCUGUUGGACAAUGAUUGGGAAGCUUUGCUGAUUUAAGUUCGAACGUGUGGUAUCGGUGUUUGUACUGGUUUGUGAUUCAUACAAGCUUUGUCUGCAUAUAGUUUCGGUAAGGAAAUGGUGGUCUUAUUUUAGGGUGGAAAGUAUAAAACAGUACAUGAUGAUGGUCUUUGAUACAGAAAAUGUUCUUACAAUAAAUCUACCAAAAUUUGAGCCACCUGUUCAAUUUGACUUAAAAAAACCUACCCAAUACAUGUCUGAAUCCAACCUCCUUUCAAUUUACUGGUUCACUGAAUACGUAUGCACAUGGGAGGCAAAACCAUUGCCCCACUAUAUAUCCCUGUAAUUUGUUCCUUUCACUGUUAUUUGGUUUAAUUCCAAGUUUAAACUAUACCUGAACGGCUCGCCGCAGCAACCUCUACCGACCGAACCAUUAGGAAGCGAUGGCCGCCAUAAGUUCUGGCUGCACCGCAAAAUGUUUGUGACUUUGGCCAAGAUUUUACCACCAACCGUCGACCACGACCAGCAACCAUCCGGGUGGGAACAUCCGGCGAAACGUUAGCUGUCGUGGCGGAUAACGACGGCAAUAACCGUUAUCAUUUAUUCCAUUAUGGAAAUAUUUAAAUAGGAUUUUAUCAAACCUCUUUGCCGGUCAGCGGGAAAUGAACCGACACUACAUGUGGAGACAAGCAUACACAGCACACUCAGCUAGACAGAGAGAGAGAGAGAGAGGGAGAAAGAGUAUGUGUGGUUGUUGUGUGAUUGUCGUCCUGAGUCGUCCCGAGGAAGAAACCCAUUGGCGUUACUAAUGCUACAAUCGUGUGGCUGCAGCACUGGCUUGCAAAGCUGGAAGGAAAAUAAGCAUCCGUGUUUAACUGUGCACAGAACAAAAACGGGGGAUAAGAAAAACCACAGCCCCACAGUCGCAAGUGCACUUAGCUGCACGGUCCCGGGCUUAGGUAUGCGCUUUCUUGCACUAAAGACGGUCGGUGCUGUUUUAUCGUUACUGGCAGUGGCGUUGAGGGUUUUCGGUAAAGUUGAAGGUGGUUUUGCAGUUUUCCUUUUUUAUUUUACCGACGAGACAGUGGGUAAGUUCAUAUCUAAUCCUGCCCUGUGGGAGCACCUGGCCCUGGACGAUUGGUGGGAUUAGUAAAUGGGCGACAAUAGUGCCCAAUAGGUUGAUCGUCUUUCGAGAAAAUGGCAAAACAUAACCAAACUGGACUGAACUACUGUAAAGGUAGAAGCAAUAAGUUUGAAGAAGAGUUUCUGUUCUGAAAAAGCUUUUCUGACUGUGGAUAGAUGUGAAGUCUUCGUUUGGAUUCUAGCACGGCAUGUUGAAGGAAGACUAUAAGGUAAGGAACUUUGGAUCAUCUCGAGGAGGACAGAUAAGCAUUGUGGACGAUUUUCCGAAUGCAUAUCAGGGCAUACCCAGGGUUAAAAUCGUUUAGAGUCUAAGGACGUGGAAAAUUGUGGUAAAUAGUUUUCCUCCAUGCUUGGUGUCCUGUUGAGGCAUGACUCGUUGAUUUUCAUGUAAAUACGUGAUUUUCACUCCUUUUCAGUCUAGUCUACACGUGGCACAAUUUUUGGCAAUUUCUAUUCUAAUUCCUUGAAGAUGCUGGCCAAAUUAAAGUUAGUAAGAAAAUAUCACAACCAAUAGUUAUAACUGUACUUCCAAAACGUGCUUCGUACUCUGUCAUUUACACAGCAGCUAAAUUCAAUUUUUAUCGAUCGAUCGCCACCCGGAGCAAGCUUUAAUAACGUAAUGGUGUACCGUAACCGGAUUCCUUCAUUUUCGCUUCCCAUAUCGCUUACAGGAUGUCGAGCCUAAUUGACUCUAAACUGGGGUGCCCUAGUCGGCCGUAAGACGGUUUACGAGGCUGACCGAUCCAUCUGGUCAUCAAUUGCUGGAUGGGCUGGUACUUUCGGCCCUCCCGGAUGGAUUUGGAUCAGUUUUUGGUCCAGCAGUACCAGGACCAGGACGGCAUACAUUUUUAUUGUUCACCGUAAUGUUCCGCAAGGCGCUCGCUGCCUACAGUUUUAUGCUAGCCCACGUGAACGGCCCGGGAAGGUAUCGUUUUACGGUGUACGCUGGAUGGAUUCCAGUCCAUUAAAAACAAAUUGCCUAAAGUAAACAUUUGAAUUACGAGACUCCCCAACAUGGAGAGAUGGGUUCAUGUUGUUCAUCUCCUGAAGGUCCCGAGCAAUGACACGACGGGGGUUUAGUGUUUCCUUUCCUGGGCUGUGGAUUAUUUGGCCUCGUAUCGUUGCAUGAUACGUGUGUACACGGGAUGUACGCUUGUGCCAUUGUGUCUAGCGUGAUAAGACAUUUUUACAUCGUGCUGCGCAUUGUGCCGAAGUACUGAGGCGAAAAGUUGUAGAUGAUACGGUGGUGCGCCAGCGUAUUGGGUUAUGCAUGAUGUAAACUGAUGGAUGAUAACCUGCAGCAGUGUGUAUUACGUUACGCGCACUGUUCGUCUCUCCUGCUUCUUUUUUUUUCCUGCAAAUCAUUGCAAUCGAGCGAUUUCAUUACAAGAUCGUGUACGUCGUGUGUCUGGAUGUUGUCUAGUCUCAAACGGUUCUCCUCGCACGGUUUACUUCAAACAGUGAUGAGUCAGCGAGCUAGCUAGGCGGACGCAGCCAAGGUAUAAUUACACCAAGAUUGAAGCUCCGUCCAAGUAGGCGCGGUAAGGAUUUCCAGCGUGACGUACACGAUGGUGCCUUCUUCCCAGCGUGCUAGCAAUGCCAACUGGGACCAUAAAUUACUCACAGCUCGAUACAGCGCGGUUGGUAGAGGCUGUUAGUUAGUUGCAUAUUGAGUAAUCGUUUUAUCGGUUGUUUUACUCGUGGACUCGCUGUUGCCGGUGCGUGGAAGGUGGGGGCUGUGCUGGUCCAAUUCGAGUGUUUCGUGAGAAGUAAGGUUAGAUUGCGUGUAGAGCAAAGUGCUGUGCCCCCGGUAGAAGGCAAAGUCAUGCCAGAAAUUGCCGCGGGAAACAGUGGCCAAGCGGAGCGAGAUCGCACACGGCGACAGGAAAAGCAGGCGUUUCUUGGAAUGAAGCUGGUAGAAACCAUUUGCUGCCUGAUUUGCGCCGGGCUGCACAUCCAGGGAUUCCUGCACUAUCCGGAACCGUUUCCCCACGAGAUGUUGUUCUGCGGUCUGUACGCCAGCUACUUUCUGAUCUCGUUCUACUCGUUCCUGUUUCUGUACAAGAACUGCUGCGCGCUAAACUACACGGUCGAGGCGAUAGUGUCGGGUGGCGCCUUCCUGCUGUUCGUGGUGUCGGCGUUCGUUUCGAUGUACCACGCGGAGAACGACAUCCAUCUGCAGUACCUGACGGACGAGGAGGAAUGGUACCAUCAGUUUUUCGUGUACUGCCGCUUACAAAGCUUGGGCGCAACAAUUACGGCGCAAAUGUUUCUGGUCCACUGUUCGCUGGCGCUGGAUUUGGCCGGGCUGCUUGACCGAUGGUUCGGUGGACUCGCUGGUCGUCGGUCAACUUUGGACGGGGGCUCGGUGGAUGAUGUAAAGGCGAGCGGACGGUUACAAAUCAACCCGUUUUGGAUGCCUGCAUUCGAAGCUCUUCUCAAGCGUCUGCCAUGUGAUUGCUUCAAAGCCGAAACCGUUGCGUAGAAAGACAGAUGUAUUAAGUUUGUAAAUGGAUGGGUGCUGGUGAACUACAAAUUAUGGAUAUAAAUUAGAGUGAUUUUUAGACGAACUUGUUCUUCUUUGGUAAUACAAUUGCGAGAGGUCUCGGCCUGGUAUCGCUGGCUUCCUUGACUUAAUUUUCAACGUAGCCGAAUUGUCAGUCCUUUGAAUUUGGAAACGAUCCGGACGGGAUACGAUAUCCUUUUCUGUCUUGCAAAUAUCGGUGACACUUUAAUACCCACACCAUACGGAUUAUGGGUAAAGAUUGGUAUAGAAAAACUACAUGAAAAUACAGCGUAUCUAACGAGAAAUUAUACUAAGAAUGCAAUUUUAAGUGACUAGUAACGUCAAGAAGAUUUGAAAUGAAUGAAGUUCAAUGAUUCAAGGUUUUUUAGUAAAUAACAAGCCAGCCGAAUGACCUUCGGCGGCCCUACUAACAAAUAAAGUCCGCCCAAAACUUCACCUAUUUGGGGUCAAAGUCAGCACCGUUAGGAACUUUGUUCUGUACAGGCAAUUACUCUGCCUUAAAUAUUACGCCUAGUACGCCUGUGAGACAUGGGCUCUAACUGAAACUGAUGGAGUUUAUCCACGCUCAGCCGAGUUUUAUCCGCAAAGGAUAAGGAGGCGCUCAGAAAGAGUUUUAGCUCCGUAUGUGUGGAAGGAUAAUGAUGGGUUCAUUACAUUGACGGUGAAAAAUCAUUGUUUAGCCAAUUAGACUCGCCAGGCUCUUGAUGGAUCAUAUAAUAAAAAUGACUCCGGGCGACCCUUCUCUCUAUAUGGACAGAGAAGGCAUGGUAGGUACAAGAGGUAAUGGCGUUGAUGAGCUCGCCAAAAUUGACCUCAAUAUUGAUUGUCAGACGACGGCGUUAGACCGUGAAAAUAGUGAUGCUAGUGCUACAGAUUUUUUUGUAAAUAAACACAAAAGAGGUAUCA